UUUACAUGUACAGUCAGCGUAUAGCUAAAACAAGAGAAGAAAAAGCAAGUGUAGUGAGUUGCUUUUAUUCGAGUGUUUUAUCGAAUUUGUUUUCUUUUUAUACUUCGGUAAAAUGUCAAGACUAGAUAAGUUACAUUCUAACCUGAUGAAGCGAAUGUCAAUUGUCAUUCGUGAGAUUUGGGUGGAGGUGGAAGCGACGGUGAAUGACUAUCAAAAGGAAGCAGCCCAAACACGAUCAGAAAACGCGAAGCUGAAACAACAGCUGAGUGAUGUUCUGAGGAGGAAUCAGGCGCAUUUAAACGGACAAGUCCACUAUGUCUCUCCUGAUGAAGCCUCACCCACAGAAUUGCCAUCAUGUGGGUACACGUCUCCAAUUGAAUCAGAAGACCUAGAGGAUCAGCAAACGGAGGCCGAUGACCAGAGUCAAGAUACACCUAGUGAACUGAAGCCACGCAUACUAGAUGCCGUUUCAUCCUGUAAGACAGAGGCAGAGGACAGGGAGUCGGCGCAUCAAAAAAAUGCAGGUGAACGACUCUUUCCUCAGUUCGACAGCUCGAGUACGGAUGAGACGUGGGAUGUGACCUUGCCCACUGUUUCAACACCAAGGAUUAAGAUUGAGCCCGAGGACACCAUCAUCACAAUAACAUCUUCAGUUACUACUACCCCUGCCCAUGACUCAGAACCCGCUCACCAGCUGAGAACAGCCAGUGACACUUCAACCACGUUGAGGAGACUGCAGCGAAAGGAUCGCCUUCGCACACGAUUCACCAAACCUAGGAGGGCAUCAGCGAAAGAUCAGGAUCACGAAGGGCCAUAUAAGUGUAAUAAAUGUGGAAGGCAGUUGAAGGACUUUGCAAAGCUGCAGCUCCACAAGAAAUUACACGAUAGAUCCUUCAUCUGUCACUGGUGCGGCAGAAACUUCUCCAAGUUUGACUACCUUCGGAUGCAUAUGCGCACACACACCGGAGAGCGGCCUUACCGCUGCAACUGGUGCUCAAAGACCUUCAGCCAGAGCGGGAACAUGAGGAGACAUGAGCGCACGUGCCAGAGAUUCAAUGAAGAACCAGCAGCGCAUACGCUAGAAGACGACCAACAGCUGUCCGCCGAGUGA